AUGGCAUCCAACGCAGCCAUCCCCACCAGCGUAUCCCGCCCUCGCGACAUCAACUACGCCGCUGAUGAAACUCUGCUUCCCGAGCCUGUGUUCUCCGGAGUCUUCCACAGGGAGCUCGAUCUCCUCACGACUGUCGAUGCCAGUCCGUCAGAAACGCUACUCAUCAUUUGCGAAGGCAGACGACAAGGCAUCAGAGCCGUCAUACAGGAGUAUAUCGACAAUGGGCGCAACCCCACAGGCCGUGCCUUUCUACUCACCCAAAGGUCUCGGACUACAGCCAGAGGCGGCGUCUUCACAGACACAACCUUCCAGUGGAAGCCCGAAUAUCGUCACAAUCUACCUGGUUCGGUGCUCGCAGCCUACUUCCGAAGUCCUGUCCACACGCUCAUCUGCAUUGGUAUGCUUGAGCUAACGACCGAUAUCAACAUGGCAGGCUGGCUCAGCAGUUGGAAACAAGCGCUCUUCCCGGGCGGAUCCCUAGUCGCGGAACUGAACUGGCAUUGGCAGGACCGCACCUGGCGAGACACUGCGAAGCGCUAUGCUGAGAUGGCAUCACCUCUUGGCUUCUGUCUGCAGUCUGUCAACGGCUUUGAUGUCUCUAUGGGGGGUCUCUUGCAGAGUCGCGUUUCGCAAAGCGAGCGGUUCCGCCGAGCAAGUACUUAUCGAAGGCAGGCAGCAAGACUUGUACGACAUGGUCGUCACGUUCAGCUAGGUCAGUAUCUUGAGUCCAAGGCCAAGGACGCGGAGACGAAAGGAGUUCUUGCUCAAGAUGAUUUCAUUGUGCAGGGCGACAGGCUGUACGGUCGAUUCGUCCAAUGUGUCCCGGAGCCUUGGGUAGACAUUUGA